AACGUUUUAUAAGCACGGGCAUAGUAUGUCAAAGAGUGGCUCUGAGUCUGUGUAUUUAACUUUACGGAACCGAUUUAGGAUUCUUCCCGAAUCUCCACGAUGGUUGCUCCAGAAAGGACGGAUCGAAGAGGCCGAGGCUAUAAUAAAGAAAGCAGCCAAAGUGAACAAGGUUGAACUACCAGACAGAAUCUUUGACAGAGACAACUUGGAAAAUUCCGAGCCGAAAAGCAAAGUUUGGGAUCUUUUCACAAACAGGACCUUGUUUUGUAGAACUGUCAUUAUCUACAUUAACUGGAUGGUCACGAGCAUGAUGUACUAUGGCUUGACCCUGAACGUCAGCAACCUCAGUGGCGACAUCUACCUCAACUUCCAAGUGGCCAAUGCGGUGGAAUUCCUCGGUUACAUCAUUAUAAUUAUCAUACUGAGUCGAGUCGGCCGUAAGAAGGUCCACUGCACCUGUAUGGUUAUAGGUGGCCUCGCCUGUGUCUUCACUAUAUUUCCCGUUUUGUACGCAGGGUCAGAUAAAGGCACUAUUGUCUUGGUUCUGGCAAUGAUUGGAAAGAUGUGCGUGUCUGCGGCAUUCACCAUCAUUUACAUAUUCUCUGCGGAACUGUUCCCGACCAUCGUUAGGAACUCUGCGAUUGGAUGGGGCUCUGUGUUUGCUCGAGUGGGUGGGAUAAUCUCACCGUACAUCGCUGACUUGGGUAAGCUUACAGAAGGCAAGUUCGCCACCGCUCUUCCCUUGUUGGUGUUUGGGUCAGCCGCCGUGAUUGCCGGAGUGUUGUCACUAUGGUUACCAGAGACACUUAACAGAUCCAUUCCGGAUUCCAUAGAGGAUGCGAAGAAUUUUGGACAAAAUUCCGAAGCCAAGAAAUCAAGCGUGGACCUUCCCGAAAAGCACAACAAACAAAUCGAUGGAGUAGUGAAUGAAAACUUUGUUACAGAUACCAAACUGUAACCGGAACUGUACUGAACAACGUAUCACCGGAAAUACGGAACCGGAUGUUUAUCUUAUUUAAUAGAUUAUAAUAUAUAUGUAUAUUUAGUCUUUAUAAUCUGCAUCAUUAGGUAUGAUAUUUUAGAGUCUAGAAUGAAGACGUAGCGAUCUUAAAUAUUCAAUUCAAAUAGUUAGAAGCUAUUAUAGUGUAACUUUGUACCGCAAAGGAAUGUAUAUUGUUUCUAUCCUUUUUUUUUUGUACAAAAGACUUUAGCAAAUACCCAUUAUAAUUACCUCAAAUAUGUCCAAUUAGUUAUCAACUUUAGCCAUGCUUCUUUAAUAUAUUACAUGUGUAUCAAGGAAAUAAAUUACUUGGUAAUGAGA